AAAGGUAUGGGGUCUAUUUAAGCUACAGCUUACUAUCGUAAGGAGAGUUAAGACAUUAAGUCAGUCUCCUUUUCCUGGUAGUUACACGGGGACUAUUCGCUACGCCUGCCACAACUGUUGGAGUGAUAUACAAAAACACUUCAUUUUUGUCACUACCAAAAUAUGAGACUACUUCCUACAACUCUAGGAUAAUGAAUUACUUUGUGAAGUUUUGAAUUUUCCGGUACCAUUUGCAUUCAAAUAUGUCAGGGGUACCGAAUUCUACAUCCAUCAGGUGCGUGGCGUAGCAUUGUAUGAUUGUGACCUUUCUUCCUUUUGAGUUGAAUCUUGCUGUCAUGAUCCUGGAGGAGAUUGGUUCCCACUGCAUGAGAGCCUUCGAUGCUCUUGAGGACAUCAUGAUAGCCACUCCCUCAGUGUGCUCGUGGUUGGCGUCUGGGUGACAAUAUUGGAGUAGAUUAUUGAUUCUCCAGUUGACAGUUUGGAGACUCCACUCCCAUUCCAUCUGCUUUCGCAAAUCCCAAGCACCUCGAUGUGAUACCUUCUCAUCUCCUUUGCAAUCUGGGUAACCUUACUGGGUUCAAACAUCGUGCGGACAUUCCAUGUCCCCACGUUUACUUUCGCUUUCAUCGAGAGAAGACACAUCGGCCAAUUGGCUUCCCGAAGGCUUUCACCAACUGGCGUCAUUUCGCCUCUCCGAUUCCAGCGGGGAAUAAGGUGGAGAAGGUUGCCCCCCAGAUAACAUCAGAAGUUUCACAAGCCCAAAACAUCACAGUUGUCUCGCGUUUAUCUCCUCAUAGAGGCGUUCAAUAUACUCGUCCGACGCAUAAUUUCAUUACAACUCCAAAAGAUUCAGUUGUUUCAUCGGGUUCUGUUGUUGUUAUACGACCUCUUGGCAGCACAUCUACUCCAGUAAAUGUCACUGCAGCUGGUGCUUCCACUACAGGUUUAAAAAUCACCCCAAUUGUUCCAUUAAAGAUAUCCACGAUCCAAUCCACGUCGAACGUAUCUCGUCCUAAUUCCUCACCAUCGCAAUUGCAAAAUACUGCGGUAUCAUCCUCUACAAGGGUGAGUAACCUCAUUACUCAUUCUACUCGACCUCAAAAUGUUCAAUCGGGAGGUAGUACUACGCUUGGUGGGAUAGCUGAAAAACCGAAAAUGCUAACAACAGCUCAAAUGGAUGAAAAACAGACAUCUCAACGUAAUAUAAUCAGAGAAAUGCAGGUCAGAGUUCCGAACAAGAAAGAUAAGCGAUUUAGUGUACUACGUUUCCAUGCAGCUGACAGACUUGACUUGUCAUCAGCACCUGAAGUCUUUAUGCAACGCGAAAAUAACCUUAAAGCUUUUCGAAGCUUGUAUGGCACAACUGAAAUGCCAGACACAGGUGCUGGUAGUGAAUAUGGACGCGAAGCUAAAGAGGAAGCAAGAUUAAAGAAAUACGGUGUUGUACGUGAGAGCUAUAAACCAGAUGAUCAACCAUGGCUAAUGACAGUUGGAAAAGGCAAAGCCAGUCGUCGUCGUUUUAAAGGGGUCCGCGAAGGAAGUGUAUCAGAAAAUGUGGAGUAUUUUGUGUUUUGUCAAUGCAAAGAUGGUAAUUUUGAUGCUUACCCAGUGAAUGCAUGGUACAAAAUGAAACCGGAGAUAAACUAUCGUUUUCUUAGAGAAGAUGAAGCAGAAGCAGAAUACAACCGAUUGCAUAAAACACUCAAUUUAUUCAAUGUUAUGGUUAAACGUAAACUGACUGAUAAUAUCGGUGAAGAGGAAACAAACAUGGAUAGGGAAAUUUCAAAAGGGUUAAGAUUCCUUUCUUCUUUAGGAGAACCUAGUACAGAUCAACGGAGUUUAACAGAGCCAAAGAUUAAAGAUCUAAAACCAGAAAAUGCUUUGAAGCUAACUGAUUUAGAUGAGUUGGAUAGUGGUAGUGAAGGUGAUGAUGAUGAAGAUGAAGAUGAAAUGGAUGAUGAAAGUCGCUUCAAGAAUGUAAACACUGAUUUAACUAAGACAGAAGAUGGUCCAGGUUCUAGUAAAGGAAAAAAUCCCUUAUUCGAUGAUCCAGAUGACCGUAGUAAGUCGGGAAAUAAAACCAGUAGUGGACUUUUGAAAGCCUCUGAACGCAAUCGAAUUGCGAAGAAAAAACAACGUGCAGCUGCUAUUGUUACAAAAAUGCGACGUGGUGUAAAAAGGCGUAAACGAAAGACUAUCAAUAUGGAUUCUUCAGAUGAAGAAGAUGAUCCAGAUGAAGAAGCACAAGACGAUAGCGAGUUAGACGAUCAUGAAGGCGAUGAGGUAGAUUAUAUGACUAAUUCAUCAUCAGAUGAAGAAAAGUUGUCCAGUGAAGAACGCGAGAAAAUAUACGAAGAAACUGGAGUUGAUGAAGAAGUUGCAUUGAAAGCCUUACUUACUGAUAUCAGUAGUGAAGAAGGAGAAGAAGAGAGAAAAUCUGAAGACGAUAUUCAAGAAGUAGACGAGAAUCUAGCUGAUGAUGAGAUCUAUUCAAAACGAAAUAGUGAAACAGAUGAUAUGAGAAAAUCUCAGGGAAAUGAAUUUCGGAAAGGAAUUAAAUCAGUAUCAUCAUCAUCAUCAUCAUCGAAAUUUGUUCGUAAAUCAGAUGAUAAUAAUAAUGAUGAUGAUGAUGAUGAUAGUUUAGAGUCUAGUACACAAUCACAUCAAAGUCAUAAAAAACGACGAAAUAAUAAUUCUGAAAAUGAUAGUGGAUCAUCGUCUAGUUCAAGUUCUUCAUCAGCAGAUGAUGAUUCAUCUACUUAUUCUUCAUCUGAUUCUGAUCUAGACAAUCGACUUAAAUCAAUACAAAAAAAUGUUAAAAAAGCUGAAGUGAUACAGAAAUUAUCAGAUACAAUUAAUGCAACUUCUGUUUCAUCAACAUUAUCUGGAAUUGUUUCAUCUGAUAAUCAGAUAAUAACCAAUGAUGAAAAUACUUCGAACCUAAAACGUUUACCCAAUGAUAUGUUUUCAUCUACUACUACUACUACUACUAUCGAUACAUCAACAGAUGCUCCUGCUGCAAAAAAAUUACGUAUUGAUAUAUCGUCCAGUAGUAAUAAUUCAUCUAUAAAUUCAAUUGAUAAUGAAUUAGUCAGUACAGUAAGAAAGUAUUUAAUGCGAAAGCCUAUAACUGUAAGAGAAUUAUUAAAAAAAAUUCGUUUACGUAAAUUGGUUAGUAAAAAUGAAGAUGCACAAACUGUCUUAGCUAAUGUACUACGUCAACUUCGACCAAUAAAACAAACAAUUAAUGGACAGCAUGCUUUAUCUUUAAAACAUUAAUUAACCAAUAGAAUUUCAAGUAUUAUACUUUGUUUUGUUAUAUAUAUAUAGAUAUAGAAAGAUCAUAUGAUAGACCAUUUUUCCUAUUAUUCAUGUCUUCUACUUACUCUUUUCAAAUGAAAGAGUAGCAUAUAUGUGUAUAUUCUCCUUCAAUGUACAUAUAAUAUGUGAAUUCGUGUGUAUUCAAUGUGUAAAUCCUUGAAAAUUUUGGAAAGUUUUUUUUUUUCAUUAAUUAUUCUUUAAUAAAGACUAUUUUGGAGC